AUGACAGUCAUCGGACCUACGCCACUGCUGGCAGCGUACUUCGUUAUCCUGGGCCAAAUCAUCCCCCAAAUGGGGUCUCAAUACAGCCGUCUGUCCUCUAGAACAUAUACAAUACUUUUCUGCACUUGCGUACGCGGCAUUUUAGGCAUCAAGGUCUUCAUUGAUGGAUGA